UCGAGGAAUCUCCAGACGUUUACAUCCUUUUACUGGCUCAUAAAUACCUUUACCGUCUUUCUGUCCAGACCAACUAUCGGAAAGAAGUAGUGUCUUAUGCGAAGGUAAGAAAGAAAUGAGACACUUAUCACGCCAAUAUUCGACUAAUGAUGACGUUAAUUUACCGGAUGUACUACAUGUAACAACAACAUUUUUCAUUUGUGGAGGAUUCGCUUUAAUGUUGUCGCUCAUUCCGACCACUUGAUUCUUUGAGAUAGAUAGACAGGACCGACGAUCUUGCCACUCAUGCUUAUUGUCAGUUGAAUAGUGUAACUAUGAGUAGUUUCAUUUGUCGAACGUACAGCGGCAAGCGUCAUCUUCUCGCCUUGAUAAGACAGAGUUCGAGUAGAGCGAAGUUCGAUCUCAAGUCCAGACUGAUCUGUAUUCAAUAGGGGUAUGACAGUUCCAUAUCAGCUCCUAUCAUAGGAACUGUUGAAAAGUGCUUUUGAAAGGAGCUGAUAUGUUUGAACAGCUCUUUGAAAGGAGCUAACAUGUUCCAGCAGCUCACUAGCCGUCUAGACAAAAUUUAAACGUCUCGAAUGUUCACUAGACGUUCAUACAAGGGGGGAAAAGCGGACUCCUGGACUCCUAUGAGCUCCUGGACUCCCAUGGACUCCUGGACUCCUAGACUCCCAUGGACUCCUGGACUCCCAUGGACUCCUGGACUCCCAUGGACUCCUGAAGUCCAGGAGCAAAGUAUUCUUUUUUGGGAAUCACUUCCCAAAAAAGAACACUUUGCUCUUGGACUCCUGGACUUCAGGAGCGCCCAGUGCUUUGAGUUGAGCAAGCUCUUGCUUUAGCAGUAGUCGUUGAAAAAAUUUCAAUUUUUAAAAUUUCAAAAGAGCUGUUCAAACAUAUCAGCUCCUUUCAAAAGAGCUGUUCAAACAUAUCAGCUCCUUUCAAAAGAGCUGUUCAAACAUAUCAGCUCCUUUCAAAAGAGCUGUUCGAACAUAUCAGCUCUUUUCAAAAGAGCUGUUCAAACAUAUGAGCUCCUUUCAAAAGAACUGUUCAACAGUUCUUUCGCUCAAAUGAGCCGAACUUAUGAGCUGGAACUGUUACAGGCCUAGUAUUCAACACUAAAUCUUCUUUGUAAUGAGGCAAUAAUACUUUGACUUCAGUAACAAAGAAGAUUCAGUGUUUGAGUGCAAGUUGCUUCUAGCAGGAGUUAUGAAUUUUUCAAGUUAUCAGCCAAAUUUCCAAUUUUGCCCUUGAAUCUUGAUUUUCUUGAAGAGACAAUGACGUAAUGAACUGAAAUUUUUACUGUGGCUAUUACAAGUGGUGGUCUUGAUUACCUGAAAGUUUCAGCUCAAAAGGAUAAGGCUAUGAGCAGAAACAAAUUUUUCGACAUUUUCUUCCUAACUUAGUACCUUUCCAUGUUUCACUGCUCGAUGAUUGAGGGUCCGUUUCAGCGGAUUUUUUCAGACUAACUAUUCUCAAGUGAAGACAAGCUAUUUAUAGGAAAAUUUUGAAACUAAUCCGUUCUCUUUUCAUCGAACUAGAAGACAACUUUAUAAAUAGGCGUUAAUCUCGUUCUUCUUGUAUGUAUGCGUGAAUAUCAAAGAAAAAAGAAAGAAAGCAGAAGGGAUUGUAUUGCGUUUAUCAGAUGCUGUCUUCGUGAUGGCAUGGCUGGGACGGUGCAGGAAAUAGAGAACAGAAAAAUUUUAUCGGUCGGCAGUGUGAAGAGAAAGAAUAUUAUAGUUUAUCACACUGUCUCGAAAAUAAAAAAUGAGUGGAGUAAAUCGAAUCGUGCAAUUGCUUCUGAAACGAGCUUCUUAAGCGCUCCCAGCUCGAUUACCAAUUACUCCUUUCCAAAAAGAAGAACUUGCCGGUGACUUAUUCAAUGUGCUCGAGUCAAUAUUGACAAGCAGCUCGUAUGAUCAAGAGGAUGAAACGACUCUAGACCACAAUACAUCAGACAACGAAACAGACGGAUGCGAGGAAGAUCGUGAUGAUCCAUCUCACGAUCCAGAUUAUGAAGAAAACAAUGAAGAAGAGUCGGCAUUCGAAUCAUUUUCCCUGUCGUAUAUGAAACGAGUAAUUGCUUAUUAUGACGCCAUUAACCCAAAGACUGGACAACGAUCACACACAUGGAGAAACGUUCAAAGCAAGUUCAAAAGAAUUUCUCAUCAAUCAUAUAUGGCGCGUUUCCGAGGCUAUGUUGAAGAAGGAGGAACGAAGAAACAAAAAGUCGAUUCAUUGGAUGACUAUAUUUACGAUAAUUUCGAGCGAGCUUGA